AUGUCGAAUUACGUAAGAUUCCUAAAGAAGAUUCUCACUAAAAAGAGGAAGCUGGGAGAGUAUGAGACCAUAGCGAUGACUAAGGCUUGCAGCAAUAUCCUCACAAGCAAAAUUCUAGCAAAGAUGAAGGACCCUGGAAGUUUCACUAUACCCGUUUCCGUUGGAAGACAGCAAAUAGGGCUUACAUUGUGUGAUCUGGGUGCCAGCAUCAACCUCAUGCCUUUAUUUAUCUAUAACAAGUUGGGUAUAGGAGAAGCGAGGCCCACGACGGAGACAUUGCAUUUUGCGGACCGGUCUAUCACGCAUCCGAAAGGAAAAAUUGAAGACAUCUUGGUACAAGUUGAUAAAUUUAUUUUCCCUGCUGACUUUAUUAUCUUGGAUUAUGAUGCAGAUAAGGAGGUCCCUAUCAUCCUUGGGAGGCCAUUUCUUGCGAUAGGGAGAGCGCUGGUAGACGUUCACAAAGGAGAGCUGACGAUGCGAGUUCAAGAUCAAUAA